CAUGUAUCAUUUCCCCCUUUCGAGAAAUUGUUGAGAAGUGCUUACUUUGUAUAGAUGCAAGUUCGUUAUAUCUCCUUGCAGAAUUUGUGUAAAACUGUGCAAUCAUCAGGAAAAUGACAGAAACUUCGUUUAGCCUUCUGAGGCCAAAAUCAAACGUCAAAAAUAAUAUCCCAGAAGGGGAGUCUCCUGUAGAUGUUGAUAGAGAAGAGAGAAAGAGUUUGACGCCCAGAACAGGCGGGGAACCGGUGCCAGACGGAAGAUUCAAAGAGGGUAAAAGAUUACCCUCCUUCCUCAGAAAAAAAUUUCCAGUAAAAUAUCAAGGAAAACCUUUGGAAGACAUUGACGAAUUUUACAAAAAUCGAAAUACGUUUGUGGUGAUUGGAAAGGGACUGUUCAUCUAUAGAUUCAGCACCUCCGACGUUUUCUUUUUGUUCAACCCCUUUCAUCCACUUCGGAGGAUUGCUCUCUUCAUUCUUGUUCAUCCGUUAUUCAAUCUGUUUGUUACUAUGACAAUACUCAUUAACUGCGUUUUUAUGACAAUGGUUGAAUACCCGGUAUUCUGGAUUGAAUACAUAUUUGUUGCUUGUUAUACCGUUGAAGGAAUGAUAAAAGUCUUGAGUAGGGGACUGAUUUUGAAUCAAUUUACCUACCUAAGAGAUCCCUGGAACUGGUUAGAUUUCGCCAUCCUGAUAUGUGCAUAUUUAUCUUUGUGGUUUGAACUGGGAAGUAUAUCAGCAAUGAGGAUUUUUAGAGUACUUCGUAUUUUGAAGACUUUUGUAUAUAUACAAGGCUUACGGGCAGUUGCUGGUGCAUUACUGGACGCUAUUCGCCGACUUCGAGACGUCAUCGUUUUAGCAGUUCUCAUGAUUUCAAUAUUUGCCAUUGUUGGCACUCAGCUCUACAUGGGCACAUUGAGACACAAAUGUAUUACUUUUGAAAACUUUAAUGUAUCCUUAAAUCAUACAGAAUUCAAAGACAAGUGGUUUCAACAUAUACAGAAUACAGGUAACUGGUAUUAUACAGAGUCUGGUCAGCCACUUAUGUGCGGGAAUGGAACUGGAGCAGGAAAUUGUCCAUCGCCUUUCUUUUGCAUAAAAGGUACAAACAGCAAUCCUAACUCAAAUUUCACACAUUUUGACAAUUUCGGUGGCGCUCUCUUAUCUUCAUUUCGAUUAAUAGCGCAAGACUUUUGGGAAAACCUAUAUAAACUGAUAAUACGCGCAAAUGGAACCCCUCAUUUUUUCUUCUUUUUAUUUAUUAUAAUACUUGGAUCCUUUUACCUAAUAAAUCUAAUCAUUGCAAUUGUGGCGGUGUCGUUCAUUCACACGCUCAAUAAAGACAAACAACAACAAGAGGAUGAAAAGGAUGACGAGAACGAACAGAGCAAUAUAGACGCAGGGAUAAAUCAUCCAGCAGAUCAAAAUACAGAAGUCGCCGAUAUUGAAGAAAAAGGGAAAAACGAAAAUGAUUCAAAAGGACUUAAUAAUCCAUCCAAGGUUUUCCGUUGCAUACGGAAUUGUCAGAUCUGGAGGAAAUUUCAAAACAUGAUUGCUCUCGUGAUUUUUGAUCCAUUUGCGGAACUUUUCGUGAUGUUCAUCAUUGCUAUGAAUACACUUUUCAUGGCAAUUGACCGCCACAACAAGAGUAAACAUUUAGAGGAUGUCUUAGAUUACGGAAACUAUUUUUUCUUUUCCAUAUUUGUUUUGGAAGCCGUUUUAAAGAUCGUAGCACUGGGUCCCCUAAAAUACAUUACAAAUCGCUGGAACAGUUUUGAUUUUAUUGUGGUAGUAUGUAGCUCUCUCGAGUUUGUUUUUGUCGACAUUAGUGGCUUCAGCAUUCUGCGAUCUUUUCGUUUGUUCCGUAUCUUUAAGCUUGCAAAAUCAUGGCACACUUUCAACAGACUGCUUCGGAUCAUGUCAAACACAAUGACUUCAUUGUGUUAUUUACUAUUUGUUCAGAUGAUAGUAAUUUUUACUUUCGCUGUAAUGGGCUUUCAUCUGUUUCGAGAUGACUACUUCUCGUAUUACACCGACGAAAUGCCGAGGUGGAAUUUCACGGACUUUUUCCACUCUUUUUUGGUGGUGUUCCGCGUAUUAUGUGGAGAGUGGAUUGAAUCGAUGUGGCUGUGCUGGUCUUCAGCGGGACCCCUAUGUCUUGUAUUCUUCAUAUCUACUUAUCUCGUAGGAAAUCUCGUGGUUCUGAAUCUCUUUCUUGCAAUGUUGUUAAAUGCAUUUGAUUCGGAGAGUUUAACAAUAAGUAUGACAGACGACAGUGAAAAUACUAAUAUGGAUAUGCAUGUAAUAAUCGACAGAUUUAGGAGGUUGUUAAAAUGGAGUAAAAUGAAGGUUUGCAGAGAACGAAAGAGUAAAGACAUUUAUCAGAACGAAAUUGAACUGCAACAAUGUGAGAUGAAAAGAGAUAAUGAAAUACACCAAAAUAUUACCAAUUCUGGGAAUAAAGAAACAGAAACUUUAAGCAAACCUUCGAAUAUACCAAUCGCAGAUUGUGAUACUGCUGGAUCUGGGAGAGAAACUCCACCGAAUUGUGGAUGCCAUCUCUUCUUGCACAACUGCGUGUGCUGUAUGGAAUUUCAAAAAUCUAUGAUUGGUAGAAUGUUAGGCAGAUUUAGGACCCGGACAAAAACUUUUGUCACUCAUAAGUAUUUUGAGCGCUUUAUACUCGCCAUUAUCAUAUCAAACAGUAUUGCAUUGGCACUAGAAGAUAUUCAUUUGAAAGAAAGACCACAUCUUGCAAGGCUUCUUAAAAUUCUGGAUAUAUUUUAUACUGUUAUUUUCGGCGCUGAAAUGCUUUUGAAGUGGACAGCAUUUGGGUUUAAGAAAUAUUUCAAGAAUGCCUGGUCUUGGAUAGAUUUCAUCAUUGUAAUUGUUUCCAUUGCCAUGUUAUGCUUGGAAAGAUUUGGACAGGGUAGUUUUCAUGCAUUUCGUGCUCUCAGAAGUUUUAGAGUGCUACGCCCUUUGAGUGCCAUUUCAAGAUUUCCAAGCAUGAAAGUCGUUGUCAUUACACUGCUGAAAUCUAUCCCUUCAAUAGCUAAUGUACUGAUGGUUUGUCUGCUUGUUUGGAUAAUUUUUGGGAUUCUCGGGGUUCAGCUAUUCGCUGGCAAAUUUUACAAAUGCGUGGAUUCUGAUGGAAAUAAACUCUCUACCAAUUUAACAGCGAAUAAGACAGAGUGCCUUUCCAAGAAUCACACGUGGGAGAAUUCCAGGAUUAACUUUGACGAUGUUCCGCAAUCAUUGCUUGCAUUAUUACAAGUGGCCACUUAUAAAGGUUGGAUUGAAGUAAUGAACGAUGCAAUAGACAGCACAGAGAUUGAUGAACAGCCAGAGAGAGAAGCAAAUGUUUAUAUGUACCUUUAUUUCGUUGCCUUCAUUGUUCUGUGUUCCUUUGUUACACUUAAUCUCUUUGUGGGUGUCAUCAUCGACAACUUCACCCGCAAAAAGAAAAAGGCUGAGGGAUAUUCGGAAGCAUUUUUGACGGAGAGUCAGAAAAAACAAUAUGAAACUGUAAAGAAAUUAAAGACAAAAGCGCAAGACAAGAACAUCAGUCCGCCAACAAAUAAACUUCUGAUAAUUAUGUUCAACAUCACAAAGAGCCCGAAGUUUGAGAUAGGAAUUCUGAUCGUGAUCUUCCUCAAUAUGAUAACGAUUGCGGUGGAACAUUAUAACCAGCCUGACGUCAUUACAACUCUACUGGCUUACUCCAACCAAGUCUUCGUUGUCAUUUUCUUAAUUGAGUUCCUCGUGAAAAUUUUAGGCUUAAGACAGUAUUAUUUUAAGAUUCCAUGGAAUGUAUUUGAUUUUGUCCUCGUUAUUCUAUCCAUAAUUGACUUAGCAGUAAGUGAAGUGAAACAAACCCUUGGCCUUUCCCCUACACUAUUAAGGGUCGCUCGUGUCAUCAAGGUCUUCAGACUCCUACGACUUUUAAGACUUACAAAAGGAAUAUCUGAAUUAAUGUAUUCGCUUGCUUUAUCCCUGCCUUCACUGUUCAAUAUUGCCGUGUUACUAUUUCUCAUCAUUUCAAUUUAUGCAGUGAUCGGGAUGAAUUUAUUUAUGCAUGUUAAGCACACCGGUGGUAUUGACGAUGUUUUCAAUUUCAAGACAUUCUUCCAAAGCGUCAUAACUUUGUUUCAAAUGUGUACGUCUGCUGGAUGGGACGGAGUUUUAGCGGGAAUUACAAACGAAGAGGAUUGUGAGAAGGACAUGGAUCCCAGUAACUGUGGAAACUAUGAACUGGGGGUGAUAUUUUUAGUAUCCUACCUUGUAGUCACUUUUCUUGUACUGAUCAAUAUGUAUAUUGCAGUCAUUUUAGAAAAUUUCUCACAAGCUAAAGAGAAUUUGGAACAAGACAGCAAUAAACAAGACGAUGAUGGAAUUCCUUCUGAUUGUUAAACAACCAGUGCUGGCUCUUAUAAUUUUAAUAUUGUGCAUGUAUGCUCUGUUAGUUU